AAUAUUGUAUAGCAAUUUUUCAGUUCGGCGCGGCGUAAUAAAAUUUAAUGAAAUGGUGCAAGAAACCGUGGACGAUUAUGUGAUCGACCGACGACAUCAUUUAUCGUGCACGUAAUUAUUUUUUCGUCGAGCUUGUCGCUUGAUUGACAACGAUCGAGCGAAUGUUGGAGUUAACAUAAAUGGCAACGCCGAUGAGUGUUCAAUCAGGAAAUGCAACACAACAGGGGACUGACGAUGGCGAAUGACGCGAUCGUCAACAAUACGCGCAUUAUCCGACGGUACAAUAGUCGCGAAUCGUCGUUUAAUGAAGCUGCACGCGGUUGCGUAAUGAUGACGAAGGAAAGGGCAUCGCGGCGAUAAAUUUGUUGCGGGACAAAUCACGAAAUGCAAUUAAUGAGUUUCGAACAAGAGCUCGAACUACAUGAAGCUGAAUCGAAUAGAGCUACACAGGAAAAAGAAAUUAAAUAAAAUCGAACAAGAUCCAUCCCUCAAAGAAGAUGAAAUUCUUCGAUUGCGCUCAAUGUCUGAUGACGUUCAAUCGGCGACGAUGGCGAGGCUGCAACGAGACAACGGAUCCUCUGGUGAUGACGAAACGUCCUUCCGCUCGUCAUCAUCGUCAUCACCUGGAGUCCUCUUCGUCAGCCUCCAAUACCCGAAGAAUCCAAUUUCUGACCGCGAUGCGCAGCUUCGGCGCUUCGUGGAAACGUCGGAACAAGCGUCCGAAGAAGCUGCUCAGAAACGACGAAUCGUCAAGACGGGUCGUGGGAAUCCCGAGGACGCUGAACGGCGUCCACUUGAGGAAGAGGAAGAUUCCCGCGAACGUAGAUACGUCCCGAGUCAACGACACCGGACGGAAGGGAGCCAACCGGGCUGCCGGAAGAAGGGCUGGCGAGCUCGAGCGUGAAUAUUACGAGCACCUGGAGGCGCUCAAGUUCCUCAUCGAUCCGCCGCCGUGUUUUCGCAACACAGAGACCCGGCAGAACUUCGAGAACAAGCUGAAUAGCCUGGAUUUCAGGCGGAUGAACACGGUGGCGAUCCCCGAGGGACCCUGGACGAGCGGAUCCCCGAUGUUGCGGAGCUCUCUCGACGGAUUUCGCUCGAAUCAGAGCCUGACUCGCGAAAACGACGUUGUCUCGUACAUCUCCGAGAGAUCGUACGCGGACGCGCUGGACCGGAUCGUGAAGGAGCAUGUGAAGAUCGAGCGCACGAUGCUGGAUCUGUUUGUUAGAGCGCCGAUUUUGAAGAACCGACAGGGUGAACAGGUGUUUCUCGCGACGCGCGAGAACAAGACGGUUCGCUUCAAGGACGAGGAAACAGCUGUCGAACACGGGGAAGGGUUGAGACUCGGGGACGGAGACUACGAAGGGGUGGGAUCGAGUAAUCGUGUUAAGACGGAGAUCACGAAGGAGGAGGAGAAGGUGGGCUUGGACUUUUGUCGAGACAGACCGCCGGGCGAGAGUUCGAACGGGUUUGAUGUCGAAACAGGAAACGGUAGGUAACGAUCCAAGUCGAUUAGGGUUAAU